UACUCAGACAAGUCCAGCACUCUGUUUCGUAGUUCCACCUUACUCGAGCAAGCAGUCAGACUAUUCUCAAGUCAGCAGAUCCUUGGCGAUAGAGGGCACUAUGUAACAUUACAAAACGCGUUACGUUAGUCACCUCGGGAUAAAGUCCGACCGAAGAAGAAGAAGAACGGAAUUCCUACCUGUCACAGGGAGGGCUCCACUUACUGAAAGACGGCUAACAAAACAUUUUCAGGCUGGGAAACGAUACUUUACCACGCAGAAGGAAACUCACCCGGUUGAGGAGAGAAACGGCGAAGAAGGGGAAACCCUAUAAAGCUGGAGCAGCUACCAUGGUGGGCGAACGCCGCAACGGGAACCUGUUGGUGCAGCUGGGGCCGAGGCAGCAGGCCUACCCAGAGGAGCUGAUCCGACAGCGGCGGACCCACGAUGGGCUGAUCGAGUACCUGAUUCGCUGGACCCUGCUGGCCGUGGAGGAUGGAACUGGCACCAGCAGCACUGAGGCAGCCAGCAGUGGCAGCAGCGGUUCCGGGACGGGCGGAUCCGGGGGUUCCACGUCAGGCGAGAGCAAGUCGGAAAACAUCCUGAUGUGGAUGUCGACGGAGGAUGUGUACGCUAACUGCCCCACGCUGCUGGGCAAACGCAAAGCCCCCGCCGCCCUGGAGGAGGAGGAGAGGCCGAGCAGCAGCGGGGGUGCCCUCGGCUCCUUCCGCCCGCCGGACGUCACCUUCGACGAGGUCGAGCUGUCAGACAUGAAGACGGACGUGGUGAACCUGGUGCGGCGCGCGCGCAAGCAGAUGGCCAAGACGAGCGAGUUCGCCAUCAGCCUGACCCACACCAUCCACGUGCUCAGCGCCUACGCCAGCAUCGGCUCUCUGGUCGGCGUCUUCAAGGAGACGGGUGCCCUCGACCUGCUCAUGGAGCUGCUCUGCAACAAGGAACGGCAGACCCGACGCAGCGCGGGCAAGAUGCUCCGAGCUCUCGCCUCGCACGACGCAGGUAGUCGGGCGUACGUGCUGUUGUCCCUGAGCCAGCAGGAUGGCAUCGAGCAGCACAUGGACUUUGACAAUCGCUUCACGCUGCUGGAGCUGUUUGCUGAGACCACGUCCUCUGAGGAGCACGGCAUCUCCUUCGAAGGCAUCCACCUGCCACAGAUUCCGGGGAAGCUGCUCUUCUCCUUGGUCAAGCGCUACCUGUGUGUGACGUCGCUGAUGGACAAGCUGAACACGGCUGGCUCGGAGUCCAGCAUUGAGCCUUCGUCCUCCUCGCCCUCCUCCUCCUCCUCGGCGGCCUCGGAGCAGAUGCGUCUCCAGCGGGAGUUUGAGUUCACCAUGGCGAUGGCCAACCUCAUCUCCGAGCUGGUGCGCGUCAUGGGCUGGGACCGCAACCGCCAGCCGCCGUCGCUCCUUGGAGCGUCCGCUCUCCUAGGGGGAGGGGCCAGCGAGGACGGCCCCGAGGAUUCCGACGCGUGUCCACGCCGCGCGCUCCGCUCCAUCUUCCAGCCGCGCUUCAGCGCCUCGGUGUCCGUCAACGCGGCCGCCGCCGCUGUGGCCCUGGCUACCGUCUCCGGGGCGACCGCGGCUGCUGCCACGGCAACCGCGUCCGUGGCGCCGGCGAAGAAGAAGGUGGCGGUGAACGGCUUCAAGACGCGCACGGACUUCAGCACGCGCUCGGCCUACGUGGAGUACAUCCAGGACAACCUGAAGAGCGGCAUGAUGGUCCGCAUGCUGGAGGACUACGAGGAGGUGUCGUCAGGGGACGAGGGAGAGUUCCGCUACAGCAACGACGGCUCACCGCCCGUACAGGUUUACUGGAACUCUCUAUCUCGUACCUACUGGGUGCACUGGCACAUGAUUGAGAUCCUGGGCAGCGGAACCAGUGGCCAAGCAGAGAAGGAGACUCAGGACAAGGCCUCAACACUCACCGAGACGCUUAAACUGACCACAGUGAGCCAGACGUUCUUCUCGAAGCCUCCGGGCGGGCUAUACUCCCUGCCGUACCUGUGUGAAGGUGAGCGGGAGGAGAGGGGUCAGCUGAGCCGGGCCGAGUGGUGGGAGGUGCUCUUCUUCAUCAAGAAGCUCGAACCCAAACAGCAGCAGGAGGUCAACCACAUCCUGCUGCAGAACCUGGACGACGCACAGAUGUGCGAGCUGGACGAGGUGUCUCUGCUGCAGCUGAGCGUGCCCGGCGAGGUGGCGCGGCAGAUCCUCCACUACCUGAGACGGACGCUGCAGUCGUCGUGCCUGGGCGACCUGGUCUGCUCGCACGCCUUCGCCAAACACUACCUGCGGCGCGGCGGUGCCGGUCUGCAGGACGAGGACCCCCUGGCCGCCGCCCACGGCCUGCUCGGAGGCCACCACAGCCCCCCCUCGUCCUCCGCCGGCGCCGCCGGCGCCUCGUCCUCCGCCAUGGGCUCCGUGUCCAAGAAGCCCAAGAAGGAGCCGACGGCAGACGGGGGGGCGUCAGGUGGAGGCAGCGACACGGAGAGCGAGCUGCCCACAGAGGAUGAGGCCAAGUACCCAGAGGACCUGGAGGAGAAGAUGAAAGCGUUUAACAGCUCUAAGGUGCAGGGGAAGAAGACUGCGCUGGAGAAGCUGGGGGAGGUGGUGGACAUGCUGAAGAAAGGGGGCGGAGCCUCAGACGCCAGCAGGCAACUGGCCGCCAUCAAGUUCAUGAGCCGCCUGCUGGAGGAGGAUGGGGUCACGCAGGAGAAGAAAACACUCUCCGACUCCGCUCAGGCCCUACGCGAUCAUAAUACGGAAUUAUGGGACGUCCAAACCUUGGGAACGCCCGUUCAGGUUAACGGAACUUUCUGCAGCGUGCUGAAGAGCCGUAUAGUAAGUGAUAAGAUCCUGAAGCUGCUUGUGGAGCUGGUAGGUUCUCAGGUGAAGCUGGUUGCCGUGGCAGCGCUGCGUCUGACGCGUGCGCUCCUGCUGAAGUAUGAGUGGCGCGUGUCCUACGCCACCGAGGGCGGAGUCAAGGCCGUGCUCAGCAGCAUGCAGGAGUUCCCCACCUGCACGCAGGUGCAGCAGAUCGCCCUCGCGACGCUGAAGGUGAUCACGGGGGCGAGUAAGCAUGACAUGUGCGGCGCGAGUAGCUGUAUGCCGCUGUCCGAGUCGGGCACGCAGAUGAUGCUGGAGAUCUUCGCCAGCAUCGGCUCUGCCACGCCCGAGGGCGCCAAGGGCCUGCUCAGUGCCAUCCCCACCGCCAUCGAGCUCAUGCUCAACACGCCAAGGUGUUCUCUGUCGGUGUGUAACGGCCUGCUGGUGGUCAUCAUGCUGAUCUCCAGCCAUAAGAGCCUGGCGGAGCAGCUGGUGGCGUGCGGCAUCAGCGCCGUGCUGAAGAAGUGCCUCUCGUCCCAGCGCUCCGAGACCACCACACUCGCCAUCAUCGCACUCAACCACAUCUCCAUGGUGCACAAGCUGGAGAAGCAGGAGUCGGCAGAGGAGCAGGAGUUUAAGGACAUGGAGCUGAAGAUGCUGGUGGUCAGUCUGAAGAACAUGACGGCCUCUAAGGAGGUGAUCCAGACGCUGGAGCAGCUGCUGUGUGAGCCGUCCGCCCAGCUGGACGACGAGAAGAACAAGGUCACGCACAGCCGAGACGCCUUCCAGGACCUGGUGGGCCUCAUGGACCAGCACCGCGUCGACCGCGCCGUGCAGCUCUCCAUACUCAGGAUCCUGUGCAAGUUCUUGGACGACUACCAGGAGGACCUGCUGCCCUGGCACGAGAGCAUCGAGCCCUGCCUCUCCUCCAUGACGGCCUUCAUCAACGACAGAGACGUGGUGCAGCAGUUCAUCCGCUUCCUGUACCGGCUGGCGUCGCUGAAUAAGGACUACGCCGUCGUCAUGUGCCGGCUGGGCACCAAGGACGCGCUGGUCAAGGCCCUGGACAAGCACAGCACCAAUCUGCUGCUGGUCACCGAGCUGCGCGACCUCAUCAGCGACUGCGAGAAGUACGCCAGCCUCUACAAGAAGAUGACCACUAGUGUCCUUGCAGGAUGCAUCCAGAUGGUUCUGGGCCAGAUAGAGGAACACAGGCGGAGCCACCAGCCCAUCAACAUUCCCUUCUUUGAUGUGUUCCUGCGGAACCUGUGCCAAGGGUCCAGUGUGGAGCUGAAGGAGGAUAAGUGCUGGGAGAAGGUGGAGGUGUCCUCCAACCAUCACCGUGCCAACAAGCUCACUGACAAGAACCCCAAAACCUACUGGGAGUCCAACGGCUGCACGGGCUCCCAUUUCAUCAACAUCUACAUGCUCAAGGGUGUAGUCAUCAGGCAAUUGGCGGUGCUAGUGGCUAGCGAAGACUCCAGCUACAUGCCCGCACGCAUUGUAGUGCUGGGAGGAGACGACCCUGCCAACGUCAACACGGAACUCAACACCGUGAACGUGCCUCCAUCUGCCAACCGAAUCGUUCUGCUGGAGAACAUGACUCGCUUCUGGUCCAUCGUGCAGAUCCGCAUCAAGAGAUGCCAGCAGGGUGGCAUUGACACGCGUGUACACGGGUUCGAGGUGCUGGGGCCCAAGCCCACCUUCUGGCCCGUGUUCAAGGAGCAGCUGUGCUGCCGCACCUACCUGUUCUACACCACCAAGGCGCACACCUGGUGCCAGGAGAUCCUGGAGGACAGGGCUCAGCUGCUGCAGCUCUUCAACAAGUUGAACAGCGCUCUGAAACAUGAGCAGAUGUUUGCUGACCGCUUCCUACCUGAUGCUGAAGCUGCCGAGGCCCUGGGGCGCACCUGCUGGGAGGCCCUCAUCACACCUAUUGUGCAGAGCAUCACACUCUCAGACACCCCGGUGCUGAGCCCCCUGGCCUGGUUGCUGAGUGAGUACCUGGACAAUGCUGAGUCGUCCAAGCGCUACAAGACGCGGGCGGCCAUCUUUAACUCGCGCGUGCGACGCCUCACACACCUGCUGGUGCACGUGGACACGAGCCGCGUCGACACUGAGGAGCUCAAGCCGCCCGUCAAGUCCAAAGGUAUCAACAGAAGCAAAGAUUUGAAGAAUGGCAAGGAGGGCAAGAACAAGGAGGCGGCCGUGAUGUCAUCGUCUUCUUCGGCAGUCAAGCCCAAGCUGAAGAACACCAGCAGCAUUGCUGGCAUCGCCCUCUGCUGGCAGGGAGUCGUACAGAGACAGGUGAAGAAGUUUCUGGACUCCACAUGUAGCCUGCCUGACUUUGUGGAGCGUUACCGGGCGAUGUACCUGCGUCUGAAGAACGCCAUGGAAGAGCUGUUUGGCCAGCAGACGGCGUUCGUGCUGGCGCUCCGACAGGGCUUCUCCGCCGCACUGCUGCAGCUCUCCAUCCUCACCUCCAUGCACGUGAGUGAGCGCUUUGCCCAGUACAUUGACCUGAUGAUCCAGGAGAGCUGUGGUGACAGUGGCAACGUGGAGACGCUCAGCCAGCUGCAGCAGUUCCUGGAGCCCAUGCUCUUCCUGUCCGGCCUCGAGCUCGCCAACACCUUCGAGCACUUCUACAGGUACUACCUGGGGGACCGUCUGCUGGGCCAGAGCAAGGUGUGGCUGGAGAGUGCUGUGAUCGAGCAGAUCGGCUCCUGCUUCCCCAACCGCUUCCCCCAGCAAAUGCUCACCAACCUGCGCGAGUCCCAGGAGCUGCAGCAGGAGUUCCACCUGUACAGACUACAACAGCUGGACAAGACCCUGCAGGACCUGGACGAGGAGAUGAUGGACGAUCAGUCGUCCGAGCCAGAUGAUGACAGUGAGGUGAAGGUGCUGGUCUUGUCUCCCCGCUGCUGGGCUGUGUCGCCCCCUUGCUUCCUGGAGGACCCCAGGAAGCACUUCCCUGCUCAGCUGUGCAGCUACCUGGCCGAGUUCACUGACUUCUACUCCAGCAGCCAGAGCAUAUACAGCCUGAGUCACAGCAAGCCACGGCGUCUGCAGUGGACCUGGCUGGGUCACGCUGAGCUGCACUACGACUCCUGCACCCUCUACGUGUCCACCCUACAGAUGUACAUCCUGCUGCAGUUCAACAACAAGGAGGAUGUGAGUGUGGACGUUCUCCAGAAGGACACCGGUCUGUCCACGGCCGUUCUGGCCCAUGCUCUAGAACCCCUCACAGGAGACAAGGGCAUCCUCAUGCAGGACCCCGCCAAAGGAGAGCUGCGGCUGAACCCGAGGCUGCUGUCCCAGAGUGGUGGCGCCCAGAGCGUCUUCCACCUGCUGCCCAAGCAGACGUACCUGAACGUGGACGAGGACGCCGCCCGCACCCUGGAGCGCAAGAGGAACUACAUCUACUGCCUCAUCGUCCAGAUCAUGAAGAGCGAGCGCGAGAUGCACAUCGACAACCUCGUCUUCAGGGUGUUGGACACGUGCUGGAAGCAGGAGGCGUUGCGUUCCCCGGGCGCGGUGCGCUUCAGCUGCAGCACCACCGACGUGCUGUCGUGCGUCAUCCACGUGAUCAACAAGGGCUACGUGCGGCGCAACGACGACAGCCCCCACAUCCUGGAGUUCCUCCCCGAGGACCCCUCCACGCCGCAGAAGGGCCAGGCCCAGUUCUCCUUCAGCCGCUCCGACCUCAAGAAGAACUCCACCAAGGCAGACAUCAGCCUGGGCGGUGUGAGUGUGGCGGGCCAUCGUGCGGAGGACGCGGUUCUGGAGGCGGUCCUGUUCUCCAUGGGCCGCACCAUGAGCCAGGAGGACGUGCAGCAGCUGAUGCAGCGCACCGUGCAGCAGGUGGCCGGGACCCUGAGCCUGGACCUGGACCGGGCCCAGCACCUGCUGGUGCACUGCAGGUGGAACGUGGACCUGCUGAUCCAGCGCUACACCGACGACCCUGACGCCCUGGUCCUGGCGGCCGGGCUGAAGAUACGCAACGCCCAGCCCCCCCCGAGCCCGGCCGUGCAGUGCCCCGUGUGCCUGGUGGCCCAGUCUGGGGGGGCAGAACCCGCCCCCACCCUCUGCUGCAACCACUACUGCUGCCGGUCUUGCUGGCAGGAGUACCUGACUGCCAGGAUUGAGCAGAACCUGGUGAUGAACUGCAACUGUCCAAUCACAGACUGCAGAGCCCAGCCCACCGCGCAGUUCUUCUACAACAUCCUCACAGACAAAGACACCAUCUCUAAGUAUGAGAGUGCCCUGCUGCGUGGCUAUGUGGAGUGCUGCUCCAACCUGACGUGGUGCACCAACCCCCAGGGCUGUGACCAGAUCCUGUGCAAGGAGAACAUCGGCAGCAUGGGCACCUGCUCCAAGUGCUGCUGGUCCUCCUGCUUCAGCUGCAACUUCCCCGAGGCCCACUACCCGGCUAGUUGCAGCCACAUGUCUCAGUGGAUGGACGACGGUGGCUACUACGAGGGCAUGACGAUGGAGGCCCAGAGUAAGCACCUGGCCAAGCUCAUCUCCAAGCGCUGCCCCAGCUGCCAGGCCCAGAUCGAGAAGAAUGAGGGCUGCCUGCAUAUGACGUGUGCCAAAUGUAACCAUGGAUUCUGCUGGAGGUGUCUCAAGCCAUGGAAGCCCACUCACAAAGAUUACUACAACUGCUCUGCCAUGGUGAGCAAGGCCGCCAGACAGGAGAAGAAGUUCCAGGACUACAAUGAGAGAUGCACUUUCCACAACCAGGCCAAGGACUUUGCCAUCGGUCUGGAGAACAAGGUGUCCUCCAUCAACGAGGCCUUGCAGAUGAAGGCCCUCACCUUCGUCAUCGACGCCUGCAAGAUCCUGGCACAGGCACGCAAGGUGCUGGCCUACUCGUGUGUGUACAGCUACUACAACCAGGACACAGAGAAGAUGGAUGUGAUGGAGCAACAGACGGAGGCUCUGGACCUCCACACCAACGCCCUGCAGAUCCUCCUGGAGGAGACGUUGCUGCAGUGCACUGACCUGGCCUCCUGCGUGCGCCUGCUGAAGCCGGAGCACCUGAACACGGGUCUGGAGCUCAUCCGCCGCAUCCAGGAGCGCCUGGUGGCCAUCCUGCAGCACUCCACACAGGACUUCCGGGUGGGCUACCAGACCAAGUCUGCAGACCAGGAGGCUGGACAGGCGUCAAACCUCAACCACACGGGGACUAACAAAGAGUCGAAGUCCGAGAGGGGCUCUGAGUCGGGGGAUUCGGACAACAACAACUACACGGGUGAGGAGGGGGGUGACGAGGCGGAGGAGGAUGAGGAGUACGACGACGACUACGUGCCCGAGUGGCACGAGGACUACGACGAGGAGGACAUCGACGAGGACGACUUCUUCUCCGAUAACGAAGAGUCCGAGAACCUGGAAAGCGACUUCAGUCCCCUCGACUGAGGAGACGGUGCCGUACGGAUCCGCCUGUCCACCCAGACGUACCGAACCCACCUCAGCAUCUUCACUGAGCAGGCACCGCGACCACACGCAUCCCAGAGUUCCCAGAUCAACGACAAAGCACUUAGAGGAAGAAUUCAGAAUUCAGCUUUGGAAUCAACCUAGUGGAGGUUGUGAAUGUUAACAGUAAAAUGCCAUCCCCAGAGUGUAUUGAGGGCGGUAGAGCCUGGUUGGCCUCUUACAUGUUUGGAUUGAGUCCCGUGUUUAUAAAAGCUCCAUUUUGGGGCGGUUGCCUUUUUUAUUUAACCAUUAUGAGGAGCAGGCAUUGUAUGGCCUGCUGAGGCUCUUGCCUUUCUGUUUUCUUUUGCUCUUUAUUUUAUGAGACAUCACAUCUGUUUUCAUUGCCAAGCAGGGUAUGAAGAUUCAAAAGCGUAGAGAAGGAGAAGUUCCAGGCUAGUUGUGCAGACGCUCUGAGACAUGCGUUAGAGAGAGCAGCUUGCUACUUUUGAUUUGAUGCUAAAUGCUGUUUCUUUUCUCUGCCUCUUCCAACUGUAAUAAGAAGGGAUUUGUAUUGCAGUCAAAGCACCUUUUUUGGCAAACAUUUCUUUCUUUCUGUUUUUUUCUUCUUUUUUAUCCAAAAUUGUGGAUGCUAAAUGUGUAUUCCUUCAUUUCUGUAACAAAAUGCCUUGAUUUCUGUUUAUCCUCUUUUUUUUUUUUUUUAAAUUCUAAUAAUUCAUGAAAAUGCCUUGGUAUGUGUAUUUCAAGCGUUCUGCGUCCUCUCUGUGGCUGCACAUCAAUUCCGCCCGUUGUGAUUGGGUGUGAGAGGCAGGCACGAGAGGAGGAGGAGCCUCUGAAUGCGUUAGUGCUCCAGAACUGUGUUGUCAUAGCAACUGAUUGCUGUGACGGAGAGCUGGGCCCUGGUUCUGGUGUUCAGACAAAUCACAUAUUUCUGCUGUCCCCUACUGGACUCCAUCACUACAAUCAUAAGUUCACGGGCGACAUAACUCGUAAUCGCUAUUAUGCUCCUAAUGGCUUUAUCUUGAUUUCUUGCUAAAAAACCGAUGGGUAAAAGAAAGUCAAACUUUUGGACAUGUUUAUGUUCCGUUGCAAUGUUCAGAGAUAUCAAAUAUCCUACAAUGUCUUGGUUUGAAUUAGCAGUAAGUUAAAGAUAUCCUUAAAGAUAUCCUUAUAUUCAUAUAUUGUUCCACCAUUAUAUAAUGUUCUCUUUCUGCGUGAAGUUGUGCAACUUCAGCUAACUGAAUAAAGUGCUUUUCUCAAACUG